GGAGCGGGUGAGGCGAGGGUAGUCCCGCGGUAUCCGCGGCGCCUCGCCUUCCAGCGGCUUUCUCUUCAGCGAGCGCCUUUCCUUUUCCGCGGAGCCCCCAUCCCCCUCUCCGCCCCUCAGACGAAGUCCCCCGGUCCCGCCGCUAUGUCUCUCGGCCAGCGCCUGGCCCGGCUGGCCGCCCACCUGCAGGACCCGCGCAAAGUGGCCGCGUUCCAGCGGCUCUGCGGGGUGGAGGGGCCCUCGGGCCGGGCCGGCGCGGAGCAGCGGGGGCCGGUGGCGAACGGCGGCCCCGCGGGCGGGCAGGAGCAUCCCACCGGCAACGGGGCCGUGCCCGGCGCGGCGGGAAGCCCGCGGCGCUGGAGGAGGAGGCCGCGCCGAAACUCGCUGACGGAGGAGGAGGACGGCAGCCAGGAGUUCGCCACUCGCAGCCGCUUCCUCUACUAUCUGUUCAGCCUGGGCACGGAGCUGGGCAACGAGCUCUUCUACAUCCUCUUUUUCCCUUUCUGCAUCUGGAAUGUGGACGCCUGGCUGGGCCGGAGGCUCAUCAUCAUCUGGGUGUGGGUGAUGUACCUGGGGCAGUGCACCAAGGAUGUGAUCCGCUGGCCGCGCCCUGCCUCGCCGCCCGUGGUGAAGCUGGAGGUUUUCUACAACUCCGAGUACAGCAUGCCCUCCACCCACGCCAUGUCGGGCACCGCCAUCCCCCUGGCGCUGCUGCUGCUCAGCUACGGCCGCUGGCAGUAUCCCCUUGUGUUUGGACUGAUCCUGGCAUUCUGCUGGUGUUCCUUGGUUUGCUGUAGUCGAAUUUAUAUGGGAAUGCAUUCAAUUUUGGACGUUAUUGCUGGAUUUCUGUAUGCUAUUCUUAUCUUGGUUAUCUUCCAUCCACUUGUGGACCUGAUUGACAACUUCAACUUAACUUACAAAUAUGCACCUUUAAUUAUCAUCAGUAUCCACCUGGCCCUGGGCAUCUUCUCUUUCACCCUGGACACGUGGAGCACGUCACGGGGGGACACAGCUCAGAUCCUGGGCUGCGGUGCCGGCGUGGCCUGCGGCUCCCACGUCAGCCACAUGCUGGGCCUGCAGCUGGACCCUCCUGCCCACAGCCUGCCCCUGUCCCUGUCCUCCCUCACGGUGGCAGUGUUUGGGAAGGCCCUCCUGCGCCUGCUGCUCGGGGUCAUGGUUCUGCUGCUGACCAAGGUGGCCAUGAAGAGAGCCACGAUCCCCCUGGCGUGUCGCAUGUUCCGCAUCCCGCGGGGCGACGUGCGCAGGGCGCGGCAGCGCAUGGAGGUGGAGCUGCCCUAUCGCUACAUCACCUAUGGAAUGGUGGGCUUCUCCCUCAUGGUCAUUGUCCCCGGCCUCUUCCAUUUCAUCGGGCUUUCCUGAUGCAGCCUGAUCACUUGGGGAGGGAGAACUGAGCUAGUUGCUUUUUGAAGAGGUGCACUAGUUUGCUAAGGGAAGGCCGGCCAGCUGGGCUUUAGCGGAGCCUUCCUGUUAACAGCAAUACAAAGCAAGCAAAGCAUUUAAAGGGCUUUGCACAUCUCUGGGGAUGGUUUAGGGCCAGCAGUCAAGCAUCAGUCCAGGAGAAGUGCUGACCUCUGUAAAUGCUGUAUUUUGGACUUAUUGCUGUAACCAAGUCUGCGUGUGUGUGAUGCAGUGAAUGUAUCUGGGAUGGCUGCCAGGCUGUACCUGUGUACACUGACACUUCAGCAGGUGUGUCUGACAGCUGAUCAGAAGGCUCCAUUCAUGAUCUGUUUGCCAUUUCACGGUAAUUAAUUCAAGUUGUUGGACCAUAAACUGUUACAUUUGCUUUCUUCUGUUCUUUCCUGAAGUCCUGCUUCAAGGUAUUUCAAUUAAUAGGUAUUUUUAAUGGACCAAACUUGUAAUGAGGUUGAAUUUUUCUAAAUAAACGAGCAAAAGCCUUUUUCUUUAGUCCCCAUUGCAGAAAAAAAUGUCUGGAUUAGCAUUGGUAGAUAUCACUAGAGUAUAUAUAAUUCAGGUACUGUAUUUUAUGGUUUAAUAACUGUGCCUUUCUGUUGCUAAAUUAAGAAAUGCCAUAUAUACUGUGAUAUAAAAAUGCCUAAUUUUAUGGAAAAUCCUACGUAAUUAGGCAGAUAUUAAAAAAUGUUAAUUGUCCAUGUUGCUGUCAUGGUCCAAGUUAACCAGAAUGUCCAGUUUUUACUGAUCAAAAUUGCAUAAAUGAAAUGACCCAGGAAUUGUGUCCUUGAGCUCAAGGUAUUGUAAAUGAACAAUAGUCCCUUUUGUAAGUAUUUUUAAUGUGCACUGUAAGUUACUGCAAGAGGAUAUAUUUUUCUGGAGAUUGUUUAUACAGUGGAUGGAUAUUCAAAAUUAAUUAUUUAAACAUAUAAACAAUAAAAGUACCCCAUUCUGCAAAGAAAUGGGCUUCACUUAUUAUUCCAAACUAAUCUAGAAGGACCACUGCUGUUAGGUAUUUGGUUAGAAAAUAUUAUUCUAGAAAAAUCUGUAUUUUUAUGCAUUAACAGACUAUAUUUAAAGGUGAUGAUCACUUUUACUAAAUUUAGAUAGUUAUAAGACAAUGUAACAAUUAAAGUAAACUUGUAAUCAUUCUGAUUGACAGAUUGUGAGGAGUCAGGACAGUAUGGUCAAUGCAUGAAUGGUUUCUGAUGUCUAAAUUUGGCAGGAUUUUAUUAUGUGCUUUUAAACUUUCAUGAUCCUUUUCCCUUCCAGUGUAAUUUCAUGUGCCUUUUUUCUGUUUCAUUUUGUCUUGUUCAUGUGUUGCCUGAUCUGGUCUUUCCAUGUCAGGAACACUGCAGGAAAGUGUCUGAGCAGACACAAAUGACUGAAUUUUGUAUUGCACUUGUUCUGCAGGAAAAGCAUCAUUUGGUUGGCAAAUAUGGUGAUUAGAUAGAAUACAAAGCCUACAUUUUUUGUAAGCAGUAUUUGGUUUUAGAAGGAUUUUUGUGUUGGAGAUCUCUCCAAGCUGUUAAUAUGGAGAUUGACAAAAUUAACUUCACUUUCUUUGAAGCAGAUGAGGUUUAUGGUACGCUGGCACUGGAUGAUGUGAAAAACUUCACUUUUCUGGUGCAUCCUGAAUGCACUGCUAUGAAUGUAUUCAAACUGAGGUAUCCAAAACUGAGAGUGUUCAACAACUUCCACAGCUGAAAAGACCUCACCCAGUAGAAAAUGGUUAGCUUGUUUCAGUGUGUAUUUCUGGAUUUGAUUUUUGUGUCUGUUCCUCUUUUGCAGUUCAAUGCAGAAUGUGCAGUGAAAGGUAAAUUGGUUUCUGGGGUUUUGAGAGUGGGAUUUCCACUGAUCUGGCUUCACACACCAAGAUAGCCAUUAAAUAAACAGCUGGGGGAACGUACACAAAAUGCCUUAUGCUUAAAGCCCUAAGCAAGUGGAGUAGUUUCAAUUAUAUUUAAUUAGUCUGAGGACUGUUAAAAAUAAUAGGAUAACUUUCUCUGAAGUUUAGAGCAUAUUCUCCUUAAAUAUCCUAGCUUUACAGUUUUAGCAAAAAAUGUUUAAAUUCUAGCACAGAAAAGGUAAGUGAGUAAAACUAAUUUUUUAAGGUACAUAUUGGACUUGUAGAAACUUGGAGUUUACAUCAUAAAGAGCAUAAUUAAAGCUGUAUUUUCUAGCUUGCUCUCCUGUAGUAUUGAUGGAACAUGAGAUGUACUGUGGAGGAUCUGGAAGGGGUGGAAAGAUCACACAGAGCUUUCAACAGGCUAAGGAAAAUUGCACUGUAGCUUAUUCUACUGUCAUAAAUUUAUUUUUUAUAUUUUUGUACAGUACAUUGAGUAAGUUCAAAACAUCAUGUUCCAUGUUCCACUCCCCAGGAAAUGUCCAUCAGAAUGUCUGUACAGCACCUUCAGCAGCUGCUUCACUGAUGUUUACAUGAGAAAAAGUUCUGUUCUGUUUUCAUGUUUUAUAAAGGGUCAGGCUUGAGAGGGCAGUUAGCACGGAAUGUCAUGCAAUAUGAAUACCUUUAGAGGAUAAAGAAUUACAGACAUGCAAAUGCUCAAAAAUCCAAGUAAAGUGUUUGUAUUGUUGUAUAAUUUUGUUUACUGAUAAGCUAAAAUUCCUUGGAAUUGGGCAUAACAAAGCAGCAGGUAAAACUGGAGCACUUUGUUUGCCCUGAUCUAUUCUUAGAGUUAAAAAUGAGAAAUAUUUCUAGUGUGAGCACCAGCUGGUACCAAAUUCUUUAUAAAUAAAGUUAACAUAGCUUUAAGAGGUAGUCAAAUGUCUUUCCAGCAGGAAAAAUGCUUGAAAACCUUUAUGGCAUGGUGCAAAAACAUCCUGCUAGUGAACUCCCUGGGUCCCUGAGAGAGAUAGACUUCAUAGAACCAGGUAUGAAUGCACAUUUAUUACAAAAAGCUGCAGGCUAAAUUUGUCUUUUUAAUUAUUGUGUGAAAUAAACCUUUAAAGCAACAGGCAGGUAGAGAGCAGUUUGACACAAAAUUCUGUUUUCCAAGAGGCUGAAGAGAUGCAAAUUAGUCUGAGACUGCCUUAAACAUAGGAGCAGGAAUUUCUCUGGCCUGGCCCACACUCAGAACUGACAUGUGCAUCUUGGGUGAGUUUUAGAAUAUGUUAUUUUAGAAGAAAUAUUUCAUUUUUAUAAAAAAGCAUUGCUUUUGCUUUCUCCUGUGUGACCACCUGUGAAGCUGUUGGGUCUCUGAGCAGGAGGUGAGGAGUGACUUGCAGGUAAAUUGGCAAACCAAAGGGACUUGGGUUUUGUUUAUUUAUUUGGAAUCUUUUAAGGUUAUGUACAGCAUUUCUCCUGGAAAGAAAAACCAAACAGAAAGAUGCAUUUCUUUUAAAAAUGGCAUCUCCAAAUGUGAUAUGUGGCUUUUGUGUUGUUUAUUUUUUUUUCUUACCAGAACAGUGUUAAAUUGUCUGGAUAUUAGAAGCUAAUAUGUUGUCCUUUGUUUUUUUGUUUUUUUUUUUUUAAUUACUGCUCUCAGUAUUUUUUACUCCAUUUUUUUUGCUUAUUUCUGAGAGAGUGUCCAGAACUUCUGUAAGCAAUUGCUACUUAUGUGAAGAUUGUAAUUUUGAACUUGUAAAUAAUUAAGGGUUGUUAGCUGCAAAAAUCUAUAAAAACAAAUCCUUGCAUGCUGUAAGUAAAUACAUCUGUUGUGCUAAAAGUUGUUUCUGUUUCAGUAUUUGCUUUCUCAAUAAAAAAAUUCAGUUUUCACAGACAUGACAGAAGAUAUUUAAUACUUCAAUGGUGUGAAAGGGCAUUGCUGUCAAACUUUACUGGGAGUUCUGCACUUGGUUGCUUCCACAGGACACAGAAUGAAGCCUGAAGGGCAAGUGCUGACCUGUGAGCAGGCUCAGUGAGUGUGAAGUGACUCAGCUGUAAAUGUGACAGCCUUGCUUUUGGGUGAUUCUCCUUGUUAAAAUCACACUUUGCCCUGUUUUUAUGAGAUUCCUGAAGGGCUCAGCUUGGAAGUCCAUUCUCUGUAGGUGGGAAUGGCUGCACAUUUCUAACACUCCCCCUCUGUACCGUAAUUCUGUGAAUGAAGAGACCCCAGAAUAAAGUCAGUAGAUAAAAUGAGAGAAUUGAUUUCUUGGGGUGUUGUGACUCAACUUACUGUAAUUGGUUCUUGAGUGGUUCUUUGGUCUGAAGUAGAAGUUUGUUGGUUAUAUAAUUUAUUUCUGUAUUCUGCAAACGACUUUGAGGAAACUUAACUUUUUUGUGGGAGGAAGUUGAAUGACUUCUUGCCAGACUUCAUUCUGCAGGAAAGCUUAAAUGGCCUUUUGUUUCAGGAAAAAAAAAAAUAUAAGCCUGUUUUAAAAUUUACAGCAAAUGAUAUAUUUAUCAAAUUGAUAGAUGAACUGGGUCACUAACAUCCUUGUUCUUGCAAUACUGAACAAAGGCAAUGAAAGCUGAAUUUGGAAACAAAAUGUCAUAUUGUGUGGCAGAGAGGACAAAGCACUUUAGGUGUUCUCUAAAAGGCAAGUAUCACAUGCUGGUUUUGAAGCAAAUUUAGCCAUGCUUUAGAAAAAUUUCUUUGCACUCCAUUCUGUACCAGAAAUUAUUUGCAUGUUGGUAAGAAGUAAGAAAAGAAAGGAAAGCAGGGUCUGCUUGCAGUGUAUGAUCAGUAACUGUUCCUGUAGGAUCAGAGGAGAAGAGACGGUUCAUGGGAUAACAGUACCUUAAAGAUACUGACUAGUAAAUGUAAAUAAUUCCCAUCAGGUUGGAGAAUUUUAUUACUCACUGAACUUUGACUAAAUUAGUCACUAAGUUUUCCCACAAGUUUAUUUUUGCUAGAAAGUGUAAUGAAAGAUAAGAGUGAUAUUACUGAAAUGGAAAUUAGCUCUUAAGACAAUUCUAGAUGACUGAAGUAUGAAAACUGAAAAAGAUCAGUUCAGGAGCAAGUAAUGGGAACAGUAAGAGUAGAGUCUGAGGGGGAUUUUGUAUUAAACUUAAUGCACUUAAAAAUUAUGCCAAAAUUUGGCCUACACUUGAUUUGUAUGAAAUCUGUAGUACAAUAUAGGUACAUAUACAUACAAACAUUAAAAAUAUUGUGUAUUGGAGCUUAAUUUUUUUUUUAUGUAUAGAUUUUUUCUCUGUUUACUGCAUUCCCUGAUAAAAGGAAGUUGAUAAAAUACACGCCAGCAUUGUCUGUAUAAGGUAAGGAUGUAUGUUGGUGGCCUUUUGGGAAAUAAUGCAGUUGUAGCCCAGUCUCUCAACCUCUUGGAGAACUUGAUUUUAAAAAAUCCCCAAACAAUUGAGAUGCAAGCCCUAGGUUGAGGAUCAUGUGUUUGCUGUAUAAUAGUGUACAACAGAUGUUUUAAAAAUUAAUACAUCAGCACUUUUACUCUUGUUAAUGAUUUUGUACUCAUUGUACACUUCCUGAGUUGUCAAUUUAGCUUAUAUUGACUGGUAACUGAAGUGUCUAACUUCACCUGCAGUGUGUGGGUAAUAAACUCCUG